AUGGAGGACCGAACUACUUUCAAAGUCGUUAUUGUGGGCUGCGGGCUCGGAGGAUUGUCUUGCGCCAUUGCUUGUCUACAUCAAGGGCUUGAUGUGAUCAUUUUGGAAAAAGCGCCCGCCAUUGCCUCCGUGGGGGCUGGCAUCCAGAUUCCUCCCAACGCAGCCCACGUCCUCCAGAGCUAUGGCAUCCUUCCAUUAUUCGAAAAGCCGGCAACUAAACUAGAAUGGAUUGACAUGCGAAGAUAUGAGAAUGGAAAGCUUUUGGCUUCAAGAUCGGUCGGCCAGGACUUUAUCGAUCGAAUGGGAGCGCCUUGGUUUGUUCUCCAUCGGGAAGACUACCAUUCAAUAUUGCUCAGAGAGGCCCGACGGUUGGGAGUAGAGAUCCGACUCGACGCGAAUGUGACCGCUGUGAGCUUCGAGCGGACAGAAGUAACUUUAUCUGAUGGCGAGAUUGUCGGUGGGAAUGUGAUUGUAGGCGCUGACGGACUCUGGUCUAUGACACGAGACGCCAUCCUCGGAAGGCCUUCUCCGCCAGUUGAGACAGGAGAUUUAGCCUACCGAGCGACUUUCUCGCGCAAGCAACUGCUGGAACUGAAAGACCCGCGGGUCGAGGAGCUGUGCUUGAGACACUGUGUCACGCUCUGGAUGGGACCAGAUAAACAUUCUGUUUUCUAUCCUGUUCGCAGUGGAGAGGAGUUCAAUCUAGUUCUUCUGCGACCGGAUAACCUCCCAUCUGGAGUGAAGACCAUCAAGGGUGAUCUUGAUGAGAUGAGGGCCACAUUUGAUGCCUGGGAUGAAAUCCUUGUGAAACUCAUAUCCUGCGUUUCUUCGGUUCUAAAGUGGAAACUCUGCCAUCAUCAAGAGUUGGAGAAAUGGACACGGGACCAUGUUGCAUUGUUGGGCGAUGCAUGCCAUCCCACUCUGCCAUAUCAAGCACAGGGAGCCGCAAUGGCGGUAGAAGAUGGUGCAGUUCUCGGGCUUUUAUUAGGAAAGACGGUGCGGAAAUUGUCCGAUGAUCCUGUGUCAUCCGAAAUGAAAGACCCGGUCAUAUCGGCUCUGGAACUCUAUGAGAAGCUGCGCAAGUCACGCACCACAACCAAUGUGCUCGGGGCGAUAGCCAACAGAACAUUUUUCCACAUGCAUGAUGGAGCGGAACAAGAAGAACGCGAUUUGAUCCUGAAGGACUUUGACUGGUUAGAUGGACGAGCAAGGUGGCAAUGGAUCGAUUCUCAGUACCAAGAAGACUUGCUAAGAUUUGAUGCUUUGAGAGACGCGCAAGAGGCCUUUGACAAUUGGUGGACGGGCAGGAAUGUCGUUGAGACGAGGCUGUGA